UGUACGGAAGCAGCGUGCCUUACUGGAGGAGCCUGGAUACCGGCGGAGCGGGAGAAACCGCGGCUGUUUGGGCUGUUUUUAGUGGCGCUGUGGCGGCUUUUUUGUAGAUUAUCGGCAGCCGACAGCGACAGUAGCUGCAUGAAUCAUUUAUUCAAACUGUUUAUCCCUCACGAACACUGUAAUUCGUUGUUUAAGUGAGAAAUGGACUCAAACCGAGCAGGUAGUCCGAGGAUGAAUGAGAUUAAAGACUCCAACUGUGGGAGCGACGUGGCUCGAGCUCGGUGGACCAUUCUGCGACAGGUGUUGAGGCAGCGACAGGUCGACAGUGCUGAGGUUCAACAGGUGUCAGUCCGCAGGUUCUCUUCUUUCAACCUGUUUUCUAGGAUCAAGGUUCCCUCGUCAGAGAGUGACGACCCAUUGGAUGGACAGUGGGUUGAGUACAGAAGUGCCUGCUUUCCCCAGUACAGUGCCUUACUCAGAGAUAACCUUGGGCCCAUCAGAGUAGAUGAGGUGCUCAGCAGCUUUGACAACACCGGAAAUGUCUGUGUUUGGCCUUCUGAAGAGGUGAUGGCCUACUACUGUUUGAAGAAACGUCAAAUGUUUACGGGUUCCUCUGUGUGCGAGUUGGGUGGAGGAAUGACAUGUCUUGCUGGGCUCAUGAUUGCGGUUUGUGCUGAUGUGAAGGAAGUGCUGCUAUCUGAUGGGAAUGAGAAGGCCAUCCAGAAUGUUCGUGGUGUCAUCGAGAAGAACAGACAAGCUGGACUUUUCGGCUCCACUGAUGUGUCCAGCAGAGUGGUCAGAUGGGACAGUGAGGUGGACGUGUCCGCUCUGGAGGGCUACUUUGAUGUGGUGAUGUGUGCUGACUGCCUGUUUCUGGACCAGUACAGAGCCAGUCUGGUUGAUGCUCUAAGGAGAUUACUGCGACCUGAUGGCACAGCUUUAGUGUUUGCACCUACGAGGGGAGACACACUAACAGAAUUCUGCAGACUGGCGGAGAAAGUGGGACUGUUUGUGUGUCGCUAUGACAACUAUGACUCGCACAUUUGGGACCUGCACUUGAAGAUGAAAACCGAGGGGAAGGACGUGUACGACGAGAACAUCCACUAUCCUGUGCUGCUCACGCUCACCCACAGACCAAGUCCAGGCCUGCUGUGAGCCUGGCAGUGCCAGCCUGCCCUGCUGUGCCACCCACUGGCUCUGCCACUGUGACCUCCAGGGGUUUACUCAACCUAGCCUUUUUCACUCCUUUAACCACAACGUUUUUAGGGUAUUGUAAGCGUGUGGGAGUGAGAGAGUGUGUGUACGUGUGUGAAUGUGUGUUGCAGUGUAUGUGACUGAGUUGGUGUGUGAACUCAUGCCUGACCUUGUUACUGUGCGAUAAAAAUUGUGUGAAAUUUUUAAACAGAGUCAUGGCCACAUGGAACAGAGCCAUCCUCACAAACUCGCUGAAUACUUCCAGAUGUAUUCAGCACAACGGAAAUAUCAUUCAAUGCUGAAGUGCAUACCAUCAGUUUUGAGUCAUUGACUUAUAACAGAUGUUAACUUAUAGUGGAAUUCCACCGAUUCUUCAAAAUUUUUGCGUAAUCCAAUUGUUGAGAUGUAAACAAAGUCAUUCAGAGUGGUUUAAUGUGAAAUGGUGCAUUUCAGAGAAACCGACUCUGAUUUCUUUACAGUGGUGGUGAAAGGAACCAGGGUUGUGAUGUUAACAAUACAAAUAUAUCUAUUUUGUUUACUAUCCAAAAUGACCAGUGAUUCACCACAUAUCUUCAGAGUUUUAUGUGUAAUGUUGAUGAUAGUAAAAUAAUGGUAAAUCUGA